CCUUGCGCCAUCCCGCCAACAUCUCUCUCCAUUAUCCCCGUCCUCCAAACCCAAACACCGAUCAACUUACCGUCCAUCGUCCAUAUAAUCCCGUCGCUACCCCUCACUCUUCCGUCCCCUCUUCUUCCUUCUUUUCCAACCCACCAUCCACCAAACAACAAACCCAACCCACCUCUUCGACCCGUCCCUCGUGCGCCGGUCGAAUCUCCUUCCCAAACUCGCCCACCAUAGCUUCCAUCUUCACUCGUCUUUUCGGCUCCUUCGCCGGCCCCUCCCCCGCCACCAUGGCCUCCGCAAAGACCAAGGCUCAGAACCUGAUCAACGAGAAUGGCGUCGUCGUCUUCUCCAAAUCCUACUGCCCCUACUGCGUCGCCAGCAAGCGCCUCCUCAACGAGCUGGGCGCCGAGUACAAGGUCCUGGAGUUGGAUCAGAUCUCCGACGGCCAAGCCAUCCAGGAUGCUCUGUACGAGAUUUCCUCGCAGAAGACCGUGCCCAACAUCUUCAUCAGCCAGAAGCACAUCGGCGGCAACUCGGAUCUGCAGGGCAAGGACCGCGCGCAGCUGAAGCAGUUGCUGACGGCUGCGGGGGCUUUGAAGGCUUAGAUUUCCAGCCAGGGGGUGAUAGGGCGGAUAUUGUAGGGGAGAUAGAAUUAGGUUGAAUAUAUUUGGUUACUGUUCGAUGCUUGGUGUUUUGGGAUCU